UUUACUCUCUGUUUGGUAUCCAAGAAAAUCCCAUUAACUGUAUGAUUCUUUUCUUCUUCUUCACUUUUUUCCACUUUCCUUCCUUUCUUCACACUUUUUGUUUCAAGUAAAUACAGCUAAGAAAGCUUAACACCAGCACAGCCCCACCAGAUGGCGUCACCAGAAAACCAGUCGAGCAUCGAAACGCCGUCGUUUCAUUCAUCCUUCGCCGAUUCCUGGAUCACCGAGGCCUUCUCUCGCGACAGCCAGGCGUUAACUAUAGCACUCCAAAAGUCAAUCUCCGAUUCCUUCGUCAACACCGUCGCCUGGCCCACGCCGGAAACAUCUCCAAAACGACAGCGCACCGCCGCCAAUCCGCCGCCUCCCACCGGGAAAGUCUCCAAACGGAAGCGGCGGGCCUCGAAGCGGUCUCAGACCACGUUUAUAACGGCGGAUCCGGCUAAUUUCAGGCAGAUGGUGCAGCAGGUGACCGGAGUCAGAUUCGGCGACGGACAGAUGCCGGUGAAUCCGGUCCUCAAGCCUGAGCCUCAGAGACUCAACAACCGGUUGCCGAACGUUGUUGGACCGGGAUUUUUACCGACGCUGGACACAUCGGCGGUCUUGUUGGAUCAUCAGCAACCGUUUUCCGGAGCAGUUGUCGGGUCUAGCUUAGAUUGUGAAAUUUUCCCGAGCUUUCCCACCCUAGAUUCCUGGAAAGUUUGAUUUAUGUUUUUUAAUUUACCUUUUUUUCCCACUAAGAUAUCGUGGAUAAUGUAAGGUUUAUGAAUGGUAAUGAAAAUUAGGGUUGGAUAAUUAACUUGUAC